AUGUUUGAGAACAGCACAGCUCUUUCGCCAGAACUUGCGUCUGUGGUGGAUGUAAGCGCAGCCGAUUUGCAGAAAGCGGGUUUUGCUCAGGAUGAAAUGGUGCUAGCUGUGCGAGAUGGUGACGAUAUUGUAAGCUUUCUUGGAAACAGUGGAGGGAAACAAAAACCGAUUGUCACCGGAAACAAGAACGACACACACAUUGACAUAUUGUGGUCAGAUCCGCACGUCGACGUAUUGAUGUUUGGGCCAAAUUUCUACCGCGAUCCUGCUGGUGUUGGAGUGGGUCAUGUAUUUGGACCGAUUCAAAUCAAUAAAUUUGUGAAAAGAAACAAUCUGUCUCUCAUCGUUCGCGCCCAUCAACCGCCAAUAACAGGCUACGAAAGGAUAGGAAAGCAUCUGUUAACGAUUUUCUCUACUGCAGGCUAUCGGGUGGAGAAAGGCGUUGGAAAUAUGGGAGCGUCGCUUGUCAUAGAUGAAAAUGGUGGAAUGACUGUCGUACGAUUUCAAGUGGGCGAACAGCUGAAAAUGAAAUGUCAACGUUAUAAAAUGGAUAAGGCUGACAGAUAUCGUGAUUGCGGCAAACCGAAGUUAAAGAAGAAUGUAGAUGUUGAUGACAGAUAUGAUUGA